CCUGAAGCAAUUUGAUUGUGGAAUAAACAAUAAUAUUUAAUUUUACUGUAAAUUCAUAUAAACCAUGAAUAAAAAGGAGCGUUUGCACCAACUUGAUCAACUUCACAAAAUGUGCAUGCAGGAAUUAGUAACGCUCCAAACAAAUUUGCAAAACUUUAUCCAAACUAGUACAAGUAUGGUGCAUUCCUUGAAGGUUCAUUGGCCUCCUGAUUCUGGAAACGGAUUGGCUUUGAUGGUAUUUGAUAAUUUUCUAACCUGCAUUACAAAUGUCAUGAAUCUGUCCAGAAAAUUCAACUUACAACUGUCACUGUACCAUCUUCACCAUAAUGUUGAUACAACCGGCGGCUCUAAUAUGUUUCGGACCGACUCGACCGAAAAUGCGACAAGUACAAACAGAAAAGAAAUUUGUGAAAACAAUCCUUUUGAUGAUUCUUAUGAAACCAGCAAGACGGAAUCUUUAGUAAACAAGAAGACGAGCCUGUACCCUGCCGAAGAAAUCCCUAGAAAAGAACUGGACUAUGAUUUUGUAUAUUCUCGGAUAAACAUAAAAAAGAUCUACAAGCAAAACCAUGUUAUGGAAUCCUAUGUUACCUAUCUCAAAGAUGUGGAUGAUUUGACUUUUUACGCCAUUGAUUUUAAUUCUGAAUUUGUGGCUGCCAUUGCUGAAGUUUCCUCGUCGAUAGAUCUGUACCAAUAUAACCAAUUACCACCCGAAAAUGAGAUAUUCGGUUUAGUUCUUGACAAACGAAUAAUAAGAGCAGUGCGUACUUCAAAGGCUUUCUAUGACCAGGAGUUGGAGGAGACGACUUGGCCUUGCUACUUACUAGAUUUUGGAGAAGUUCAAAAUAUGAAAAUGGGUGAUAUCAAAUACAAGCUGACUGACAAACAAAAGAAUAUUCCUGCCUUAGCUUUGUUGUGUCAGUUGAGGUUAAGAGAUUCACUGGCUAAACUACAAAGAAAAUUACAGGAUAUGGAAUAUCAACAGUGCCACCUGAAAAUAAUCGAUAUAAAAGAAGAGAAGCUUAUCGUCGAUUUAGUUUCAGAAGAAAUGUCUAAGCCUGAUAGAAAUCCAAUAGCCCAGUCAGAUAAUAUAAGAAAAGAGACCAAUCCUUUCAGAGAAGCCACUGCGAAAAAGGAAAAAAGAUCACCCAAAGAGCUUACAGAAGAAGAAUUGGAAAUGCUGCAUGAAGAAACGCCUUGUACCAGUAAUGCUUUGACAGCAGUCAUGGGAUAUAAUCCGAAAGAUGAGAAACGUAUUUGUCGUUUCUAUGAUCCCAAAACAGAAUCCUGUUUUAAGGGGGCAACAUGUAAGCAAGAACAUAUACCCCUAGAUCCUGAGGGCUGGACAAAGGAUGUUGUGCCUGCCGUCUCUCAUGUAGAUAAUCGAUAUGCUGAGGUUAUAUACCCCAAGGGCUCCAUUUUAACUAUAACACCUACUUAUAUAGGACAACUAAAUGGGUUCUAUGCCCAAAUAAAUGAUCCUCAUCACAACAAUAAUCCGCUAAUAUGGGACGAUGAGGAUGUUCCGACUUGCAAGCGUUUACAGAGGCCACCACAUUUAUAUGAGCUGGUAUUAGCUUGCUACGAAGAUGGACUAUGGUAUAGGGCGAAAAUAACGGGACAUGAUGAUGACUAUAAGAUGUUUAAUGUUUUUUAUGUGGACUAUGGCAAUUGUCAAGUAGUGCAUUUGCGAAAUUUAGCCAAAUGCGACGCUAGUGCGGCCCACAUACCAUUUCAGGCUAAGUUUUGUCGUUUAGCCGGAGUGAUGGAUGAUGAUAAAAUCACUGAUCCGAAAAGAAAAGAUGGCGUUAACAAACUUCUCGACGCUUUAUUAAAUCAAACGAUUGAAGUCAAAGUUGUUAGCCACUAUGAAUAUUUGUUUAUUUCAUUUGUUGAUGAGAAACAUCUAAGUCUUAUGGAUCAUUUAGUCCAUGAAAAAUAUAUUAAAAUUUGGCCUGUCUUUGACAAGUGAAGUAUUAUUUUUAGUUUGAGUUGUUACAUUUUUAUUGUAGCUAUAACAAAAACAUCUAAAAAUAUGUAUUUUGGUAAGUGCCACACUGCAUAAUAUAUAAAAAUAAAUUUUGUAAGCCACAUUUCAUUCUCCUACAUAACUGAAUUAUUUUUAAUGGAAUUA